CUGACACGCCGCGAUAUAACUGGAAUACUGUUAAAAGCAGCGUUAAAACCCAACUCACGCACUCACCUUGAAAAUGACCUUGUAAAGAUAAUUGCAUAUCAAUAUAUCACGGUAUAAAUAUAAUCACACGUGUUCAUGGAGACACGUCAGCGAUAUUCCAGUCCACGGUGUCAUGGGAAUACCCAGGUAAUACCCAGAAAUGUAUUAUUUCUAGGAAACUGAGCGUGUGUCAUUGCAUGGCCUCCGUGCACAACUACUUGCAUCUAUUGACUUAAUUAGAAUGUCAAACUGUUCUGUAUGUAUAUUCUAUAUCUCUAUUGAAAUGUGUGUCAGGAACAGGUCUGUGAGCGAGCUUUUCAGAAAAAAGGGACUGUCAUCCUGCAAAACACGCCACUUGUAUUUUACCUGUACAUGUAAGAUAACCUUAAAAAAGACCUUGUAGAGAUAAUUCUGUUUGCAUAUAAAUAUGUCAAGGUGUAAAUAUAAUCACACGUGUUAAUGGAGACACGUCAGCGUUGUAUCAGUCCACGGCGUCAUUGCUUACUUUAGACUUAGUAUACCCCGCUUAUACCCGGAAUUGCAUUAUUUCCAAGAAGUUGAUUGCGUGCCAUUGCACUGCACAAGGUCCGUUCACAAUUACCUGCCUUGAUAUUUCAAGAAUGUCUAAGUGUUCUGAAGCUGACUGCGCGCCAUUGCUGUGUUCAAGCUCCGUUCACAGAUACCUGCAUUGCAUUGAUAUUUCGAGAAUGUCUGAUAGGUGUUCGGCUUCAACUAUGGCGAAUUGCAAUGACCUCGCAGAAGGUACAUACAAGAAUUUGAAGGAAAGGCCAGAGGGAAAGGUGGAAGGAAUCUACGCCUUCAAAGAGGGCAAACAAGUCAUCUAUGUUGGGCGAGCUAACGAUAUAGGACGACGUUUGCAAGAGCACUGCACAGGAAAUCAAGACAUCGAUAAACACAUUCGUGAGACCGCUCCUGGGGCCGUUAAGUACAACUGUGUGCCUGACCCUCGCCAGGCGUGCAACGAGCACUGCUACGUAGACGGAAUUGCCAAGAGACAAGGUCAAGAAAGGCCCAAGUUCAACAAGCAGAAAGGAGAUUCGUGUCCCGCCAAAGGACAAUGUAAGAGAAAAUGAAUCUGGUGACGAUGAUACAAAAUGUGAGAUUGUCAAUUCUCUUAAAUGAAAAAUCAGGGGAUUGGCAUGAUUUCAUUGGAGGAAGAACAUAUAACCGAAAUUGCCAUGGUACUCAGAGACAGAAUAUAUCACUUCAUUUGUCAUGUUCCUAAAAGACGUUGUAAUGUAAAUUGUCAUCUGUAUGUUUCUGGAAGAAUAAUUGAUCGGGGUUGUUACUUUAAAAAUAUUGUCAUUGAAAAUUUAAUGUUCCAGAUAGAAUAAAAAAAUGUCAGCCCCA